AGACCGGGGUCAUUAGGCUAUAGGGGUAAGUAGAUUAAUCGAAGCUACGUUGCAAACAAAUAGCGCGAGACUCGCGUAAACGUGUCUGAGCACGCAGCAGUGACUGCCGCUCAGUCUGUUGUGAUAUCGCGAGGCAGACGCAUCUUUCAAAAAAGUUACGCUACAAUUUAAAAAAAUCGAACACCAAAUCAUGAGGACGUACAAGCGAAAGACAGAUAAAGGAAAUAUUCUGAAGGACAUUAUGGAAUUUGCAUGUAAAGAAGUAAUUUUAGAAGGAAAAAGCAUUCGUUCUUCAGGAUUGAAAUAUAAUAUUCCAUAUAAAACCUUGCAUCGAUAUGUUACAAAAUUAAAAGCUACAGGAGAAGAUUCCAGUCAAGUAUCGAAUAUUCAAUUAACUCAUGUAGGUUAUAUCAAAAGUCGUCAAAUUUUGAAUGAUACGGAAGAAAUUGCUUUAGUGGAAUAUGUUAAAAAAGCAGCAGAUAUUUAUUAUGGUUUAACACCCAGAGAAGUAAGAAAAUUGGCUUAUCAAUUUGCAAUAAAAAAUGGAAGUAAAGUGCCAGCUUCUUGGAAUGAAAACAAAAUGGCAGAAUGGAGCCAUCUGACAUCUGGAAUAUGGAUGAGACAGGGAUUACUACUGUUCACACUCCUAAUCGUGUAGUUGCACGUCGUGGGAUAAAGCAACUAGGGAAGAUGACUUCAGCUGAAAGAGGGACUCUCAUUACCGUUGCAGUUGCAGUUUCAGCUAUAGGAAAUAUGGUCCCACCAUUUUUUAUAUUUCCAAGAGUCAAUUACAAAGAUCAUUUUAUACAAGGAGGC